AGUAAUUUAAGAAAUAAAGGAAUUGUAAUUUAUUCUGCCAGUGGAGGGCAACAGAGAAAAGCGCUUUCUCUUUCUGUCGCUGUGGAAACGACACAAGCGCAGAAAGUUUGUCGACAGUGUGCGGAGAGUUUGUGGGGCUGAAAAGAUGAGUUUGAAUUUGGAAGCUUACUUCGGGUCAGUUUUCGAAGAACGACUCAAAUUAAAUAAGGUCGCGCAGAAGGAUUUGGCGGAUUCGAGUACAAGCGUAAUGAAACUUGUGGAGACGCGCGAGGAGUGCGCGGAUGUGACCAGGGCACUGGAGUCUCAGAAAGAGGAGAUGCAGAUUAAGCGAGAGAAUUUAAGAGAGAGAGACGAAAACAUUAAGAAAGAAGAGGAGAAACUGAAGAAAUCCAUACUGAAAUAUAACAAGUUUUUGCAAGAAAAUGAUGACAGACGGUUGCGUGCCUUAAAGAAAGCAGAAGCAGAGAGAGCGCAAAUCAGACUGAAAGAACUGGAGAUUCAGAAGCUACAGGCAGAGAACGACACCCUGCUGGCACGAAAAGAGAUAUUGGAGGAUCGUGUCAGAAAAGCCAUAUGCUACCAUGAGUUCCUGGAGAGAGCCACAAAAAUGUCCGGAAAGUUUGAGACCAUUGGUCAAGUCAUUGACCGUCUUCACACACUCCAGUCCAUCAACAAGGAACUUCUAGAAAGCCAAACUAGGCUAGAGAAAGAGAGAGAAAGCACAAAGCUGAAACUAAUACAGUACAUAAAUAAACAGAGAACUGUUCUCCUGCACUGUAACAACCAACUGCACCAGCAACAGACGCAGCUAGACAGCAUACGCUUAGAAGCAUACAAAUGGGUAAACACACUCACACACAAUUUACAGGUCUAUGUCUUCUGUACAGUUCUGUCUCCCAACAUUACAAACUAUUCAUGUGUUCUGCAGGAAUUAAAACUGAAGCACUUCCAUUCCACUGCGGCAAAAGAGACACUCCAGUUUGCUCAGCUGAAGGCCACAAUCUGUAACAUUUAUCAGAUGAUCACACAUUACAGGAGAGUCUCUGUGGACACUGAGGACACCUUCAAGCAGCUGGAAAUGGUGAAUAAUGACAAAAUACUUCUGUCAACCUUGAAUGAAUCAUUAUUUGUUAAAACGAUUUUUAAAAUUAAAAUGAGGUACAGAAAUGUUCUAAAAAAAACUUCACACAGCAAUAUGUAAUAAAUGUAACAUGCAAGCUUAUUGUUUUUUCAAAACUGCUUUAGUGAAUAACUAAUUUUUUUAAAUAUAAUUUCCCCCCCAGAUUCAUAAAUAUUUUCAGCUUAUGAGAGCUAUAGAUGAUGAACUGAAGUUCAACAUUAUAACAAGGACGAAUCGAACUGAAGGGAAUGACAGCGGAUAUUAAGACCCAAGCUCUGUAUCCACAGAAUAUCCACUGAAUACGGACAGAU